UGCAGCGCGCAUGCGCAGUGAAGAAAACAUUCCAUGUGUUUUUUUCUACUAGUCCGGUCGGUGGAGGUCACAGGCUUUUGAGCAAACUGAGGAGGAGUUUGUCAUCAUGGCCAAGUUAUUUGAGUCUAUUGGGAAGCUGGGGCUUGCCCUUGCCAUCGGUGGAGGUGUUGUGAACUCUGCCCUCUUUAAUGUUGAUGCAGGGCACCAGGCUGUUAUAUUUGACAGGUUCCGGGGCGUACAAGAUUCGGUUGUUGGUGAAGGGACCCACUUCCUCAUUCCCUGGGUUCAAAAACCCAUCAUCUUUGAUUGCCGGUCCCGUCCACGCAACGUGCCUGUCAUCACAGGCAGCAAAGAUCUACAGAAUGUUAACAUCACGCUACGUAUCCUGUUCCGGCCGGUGACGACUCAGUUGCCUCGUAUUUUCACCAGCAUCGGUGAGGACUACGACGAGAGGGUGCUACCGUCCAUCACCACAGAGGUCUUAAAGUCCGUAGUUGCUCGCUUUGAUGCUGGCGAGCUGAUCACUCAGAGGGAGCUGGUGUCCCGGCAGGUCAGUGAGGAUCUCACAGAAAGAGCUUCCACCUUCGGCCUCAUCUUGGAUGACGUAUCACUGACACAUUUGACCUUUGGCAAAGAAUUCACAGAGGCUGUUGAGAUGAAACAGGUGGCCCAGCAGGAAGCUGAGAGAGCCCGUUURGUUGUGGAAAAGGCGGAGCAACUGAAGCAGGCGGCAAUCAUCUCAGCAGAGGGAGARUCUACGGCUGCUCUGCUCAUCGCCAACUCCCUGAUGGAGGCUGGCGAUGGUCUGGUGGAGCUCCGGAAGCUGGAGGCCGCCGAGGACAUUGCCCUCCAGCUCUCACGCUCUCGUAARGUCACUUACCUGCCCUCCGGACAGGGCACGUUGCUCCAGCUGCCUCAGUGAUCGCUCCCCCAUGUGUCCCGCUCCGAAACACGACCCGUAGAGGCUGGAAGAUCCAAUUUAUUUCCUAUCGUCACGUACAUUCCUCCCACUCUUCGUCAAACCACCGCUGGACUGUGCUCUGCUGAUAGCAGUACUCUGAGAGAUAAGAGUGAGAGGUUUGUGGUUUAAAAAAAAAGUUCACCUUUUUGUAUAGAAGAGGGGGUUUGAAUAUUUACGCUCAUGUAAUAUUAUCACCAUCACUUCAGAAUGAGAGCACUGCAUGUGUGAAAGCAAAUAGUGUCAGAUUCCUGUAAGAAAAUGUCGUCGUCGUGCUGAAAGUUUAAUCUAAUUGUAACAAAUCUAAAGAUGAUUUCUCCGUGACUAACGUUGCCACCUUGUAUUAAUUGGAACGUGCCUUUCUGACAGUAGAGGAUCUUUUGUUCUUUACAGUUGUUGCUUUCUUUAUUUUCUGACAUCAUAAGCUUCAGGAUUCAGAAAUGGCUCAACUAAAUAAAAAUAUCUUUCUACCUCCCA